AUGGCGACCGUCAUCUCAUCGAUCAAGUACGGUGACUCUUUGUCCGACGCGGAAUCAGUCGAGAAGAAGAACGACUCUACCGUUGAGGUCGCUCCCCUCGGGAAGCCGUUCAAUGACACACGGCGAUUUUUCUGGGAGAAGAAGAUCAAGAGUGAGGAUCUAAAUGCCAUUGCAACGCAGCCAAGUGUCUAUGACAACCCCGUCUUGGCAGAAAAGUAUCAGCCUCGUGCGGACUGGGAGAAUAUCCAUCGUUUUGAUCCCUCUGCGCGAUGGACCUGGGGAGAGGAGACUAAGCUCGUGCGAAAGAUUGACUGGAAGAUCAUGAUAUGGGCGUGUAUCAUGUUUGUUGGCCUGGAGAUUGAUCGUGCAAACCUUGGUCAAGCGGUCUCUGACAAUCUCCUCGACGACUUGAAGCUAACGACGAAUGACUACAACCUUGGUAACACAGUCUUCUUUGCCUCCUUCUUGUCGGCUGAGUUGCCGUCUCAGCUUAUAUCUAAGAAGCUUGGUCCGGAUCGCUGGAUUCCAGCACAGUUGACGCUCUGGUCCAUUGUUGCCGCCUGUCAAUUCAAGCUCUCCGGCAGGACAUCGUUCCUUGCCUGUCGUGCCCUGCUAGGUCUCCUCCAGGGCGGUUUUAUCCCCGAUAUCAUCCUCUAUCUCUCAUAUUUCUAUAAACACCAUGAGAUGACUCUCAGACUUGGAUUUUUCUGGCUGUCCAUGACCGUCGCCGACAUCAUCGCCGCUCUUGCGGCUGCUGGUCUGCUCCAGAUGCGCGGUGUUCUCGGGCAUGAGGGAUGGAGAUGGUUGUUCUUGAUCGAGGGUCUCUUUACUUUGGUAAUCGGCCUGAUCUCGUUCAUUCUGAUGCCACCCAGCCCUACCCAGACCGCCAGUCGGCUUCGCGGCAAGAAGGGCUGGUUCAAUGAGAGGGAGGAGGUCAUCAUGGUCAACCGCAUUAUCAGGGAUGAUCCCACCAAGGGCAGCAUGCAUAAUCGACAGGCCAUUACCCCCAAGCUGCUGUUCAAGAGCAUCUUGGAUUUCGAUCUGUGGCCCAUAUACCUCAUUGGUCUCACUUUCUUGGUACCUGGAAUGCCACCAAGGCAAUACCUCACUCUGUCGCUAAGACAAAUGGGCUUCAAUGUCUUCCAGACGAACUUGCUCACCAUCCCCGCGCAGGUCCUCGGAAUCAUUACAAUGAUGGCUCUGUUAUGGGUCGCCGAACGCUCCAAGCAGCUUCUACUCUGGUCUGUUCUACCCCAGAUUUGGAGUCUUCCGCUCUUGAUCUGGCUGCGCGUGGCAUACGAUCCCAUAAAGUCGAGGUGGACGACGUGGGGAAUCCUCACUCUCCUCAUUGGAAAGCCACUAUCACACGCCAUCCAAGUUGGCCUCGCUUCCAGGAACUCCAACAGUGUACGCGGCCGAACGGUCUCUGCGGCCAUGUACAAUAUCUUUGUUCAGAUCGCACAGGUGAUAGCCAGCAAUAUUUACAGAGCCGACGACGCUCCUCUGUACCGGCGGGGAAAUUCGAUUCUGCUGGGAUUGGUGGCGUACAACACCGUUCUAUACAUAGCUGCUAAACUGUACUACGUGUGGAGGAACAAGUCUCGAGAUAAGAAGUGGACGGCGCUCAGUGAUGACGAGAAACUCAAGUAUCUUGAGAAGGAAGCGGACGGUGGAAGUAGGAGGUUAGAUUUCCGCUUUGCCAGCUAG